AUGGCGCGCGGCGUCUCCGCGUCCAAGGAGGACGUCCACGCCGCCAUCGCCAACGUCGAUAAGGGCCUCUUCCCCAAGGCGUUCUGCAAGGUCGUCCCCGACCUCCUCACCGGCGACGAGGAGUACUGCACGUGCAUGCACGCCGACGGCGCGGGCACCAAGUCCUCGCUCGCGUACAUGUACUGGAAGGAGACCGGCGAUCUCUCCGUCUGGCGGGGUAUCGCGCAGGAUGCGGUCAUCAUGAACACCGACGACCUCCUCUGCAUCGGCUGCGUGGACAACAUCCUCCUCUCCUCCACCAUCGGCCGCAACAAGAGCCUCAUCCCCGGCGAGGUGCUCAAGGCGCUCAUCUCCGGAACCGAAGACGUCCUCGCCACCAUGAGGGACAACGGCGUCGGGAUCAUCUCCACCGGCGGCGAGACCGCGGACGUGGGCGACCUCGUCCGCACCGUCAUCGUCGACUCCACCGUCACCGCGCGCAUGAAGCGAUCCGACGUCAUCUCCAACGACGGCAUCCGCGCGGGCGACGUCGUCGUCGGCCUCGCGUCCUACGGCAAGGCCACCUACGAGACCGAGUACAACGGCGGGAUGGGCAGCAACGGUCUAACCUCCGCCAGGCACGACGUCUUUCACAAGGCGCUCGCCGCCAAGUACCCGGAGUCCUUCGACGCCUCCGUUCCGAGCGACCUUGUGUACUCGGGCAAGUACGCGCUCACCGACGUCGAGCCGGAGACUGGGUUGACGGUGGGCAAACUCGUGCUCUCGCCGACGCGCACGUACGCCCCGGUGGUGAAGAAGCUGCUCGAUUCCAUGGAUCGGAGCGACAUUCACGGCAUGGUGCACUGCUCCGGCGGGGCGCAGAGUAAGGUUGGCCACUUCCUGGUGGACGGACUCCACGUGAUCAAGGACAACAUGCUGCCGGUGCCGCCGCUGUUCAGGCUGAUCAACGAGUGCAGCGGCACGGAGUGGAGCGAGAUGUACAAGGUGUUCAACUGCGGGCACCGCAUGGAGGUGUACGUCUCCCCGGAGAACGCGGAGAAGGUGAUCGAGGUGAGCAAGAGCUUCAACAUCGACGCGCAGGUUGUGGGGCGGGUGGAGGCCAUCGAGGGCAAGUCCAAGGUGACCGUGAAGAGCGAGUACGGCGAGUUCACGUACUGAUGA